CUUUUUUAUCUGACAUGCCGACCCAAAUGUGUCGUCUGGAUCCCGGGCUGUUUGUAUUACAGUCACUCUUGCACCGUGCUUGGUGUACUAGUUUUGGUUUUGUAAAACCUAGACGUGUGUUUUGUGCAAUCAAGAAACUUGGAAGCUGCAUCUUGAACAGUGCUUGCACUACGCAUCCUCCACCAGAAACUAGCCAAUCUCGGCGAGCAUUUGAUUCGUCUGAUCGAAGACUGCGUUUGAAUCGACCCCGAUUUGCACCGUGAAUUCUAGACAUCCGUGACGUGAAGGUCACACUAGAUCGCAGUUUUCUAAUCGCAAUGAAGAAUCUCGGAGUCAUUGGUGUAGUAUAUGGCCUGAUGGCGUUGGCAACUCUCCAAGUCGCAAGCGCUUGGUGUCCAUUUGCCGGGAGGCGUAGCUUGCUUCAAGCAGCAGCUCCGGCACCUCUACCCGCGCGUCCUACUGGACCAGACCCUUCCAACUGGACAAUGUUGAAUUACGAUUUCUACACGGCCGGGCUUCCAGAAAAUGCAUGUCCCAGUUUUCAGAAUAUUGUAAAGAAAGAAGUGGCUAAAGCCACAGUAUUGGAUUCACUCACUCCGGCAUUUUUGCUUCGUUUGUUCUUCCACGACUGCUUCGUAAUGGGAUGUGACGCAUCUGUUCUUAUCAACUCGACUCUCCUCAAUUUAGCAGAGAAGGAUCAAACCAAAAGUUUUUCCCUAAACAAGUUUAAUGUUGUCGACGACAUCAAGACCGCCUUGGAGGUUGCGUGUCCUGGUGUAGUGUCAUGUGCUGAUAUUUUGGCUGCCGCAGCUGUGGAAUGUGUAGAACAGUCGGGAGGGCCUCACAUUGAUUUGGCGUACGGCCGACGAGAUGGUCUGGAAUCCUUCGCGGCCGCUGCGGCGACCUAUAUGCCAGGGGGGUUUCUUCGCGUGCAAGGGCUCAUUGAAAGUUUCCAGAUGGCCGGAUUGGAUGAAGUCGAUUUGGUUGCUUUAUCAGGAGCCCACACCCUCGGCCAGGCCCGCUGUUCAGAAUUCAUUCAAGAAAGAUUCAUAUCCCCAGGAAGCAACAGCUUCAGAGACUCUGAUUACGGCCUAGCUUUGCAAUCGUAUUGCGCAGAGGGAAAAAAUUUGGGGUUGGACCGCAAAGUGACGCUUGAUUCGAACACCUCCACCAUUUUUGACAACGGCUACUUUCAGACCUUAGUCGAUGGUCGUGGCGUCUUGACAUCGGACAAUGAUUUGACACUCGACAAUCGUACCGCACCGCUCGUGCAACUUUACGCUAGUGAUCAGAAUGCGUUCUUCACCGCUUUCGCAGCGUCAAUGAGAAAGAUGAGCAAGAUUGGCAUUCUGACAGGCACACAGGGCCAAGUUCGGAAGAAGUGCUAUGUCCGCAACAGCGUUGACGUAGUCAAAAGCCCUAACAGCAACACCGAGUUUAGUCCCAUCUCUCCCACUAUAUGUAAGCCUGCACCCCAGGUCGACCAGAAGUGCGACGGUACGUGAUCGAUGCACCGAUCCACCCACCCACCUACUCACCCACUCAAUCACUUGGGUCAAUCAAGUCACAAGUUGCCGGGAUCGAGUAUUGUAAGACAUCCAGACAUUAUUUCUUCUCCCCACUUGUAAUAUAACACACGGUUUUCUAGAGCACAAGUGAUUGUAGAUUUGUCGCACUCUUUUGAUCCCAGUAACCGAUCGGAUCAUCUCUUUUCUCGCAUGAGAGUGUCCGUGUGUUGCCUUUGAUUCACAGUAUCGUAAUGAGCAUUCUCAAGGACUGCACCCCAGCAGCAUUCGGAA